AUGUCAGAAAAAAAUUUAUGUACUGAUAUAACAUGUGACGAUACAAUCAAAGAAUUAUAUCAAUGUCAUUGUUGUUUACAACUUGUGUGUUUAACUCAUUUGAUUCAACACGUUGAAAUAGCAAAACAAAAUAGACAACAAUUCAAUUAUCUUCGUAAUGAAUUAAAUACGGUUAUAAAUAAACUUAACUUAAUUGUUGAAGAAAAACUAUUGACUAUUAAACAUGAACAAAACUUGAUUGAACAAGCAAAACAAUUUCUUAAUACACCUAAUAGUACUAUCGAAGAAUUACAGAAUAGUUUCGAACAAAUUAAUCAAGCAAUUAUAUCAAAUCGUUCAGAAGAAAUUAUAUUGAAAGUUGAACAUUUAUCAGCGAAUAUGGAAGAAUGCUCUUAUAUUCGCGAGCAUGAUAUGGAAAAUACGAAUUUGAAUGAUCAUGAAUCUUCAACAAAUGUUAUACCAAAUUUGAUGGAUACGAUCUUAUUUAAUAUUUCAGUUAGACAAGCUCUUAUUGCUGAACAAAAUAUUUUUUAUCUUUAG